UGCAGUUACAGCUGUUCAAUUCGGGAACUAAAAGGCAGAAGCACGAUGAUUUGGACCAUCCUCCUCCUCUUCCACGGGAUUCUCUUCUUUUUCUUCCUCUCAAAUCGUACGCGGUCCAAGCGAGAGCCUCCAUUAGAUAAGGGAGUUAUUCCAUGGCUGGGACAUGCACUGGAUUUUGGAAAGGAUGCUGCCAAGUUUUUAACAAGAAUGAAGCUGAAACAUGGUGACAUAUUUACAGUUCGUGUGGCUGGACGCUAUGUUACCAUCUUACUGGAUCCCAAUUCCUAUGAUGCUGUUCUUCAGGACACAACAUCUCUGGACUUCACACGCUAUGCGCAAGUGCUGAUGGACAGGAUUUUUAAUCUGAAGCUUCCAAAUCACAAACCUGACUCAGAGAAAUCCAUAAUGAGAAGGCACUUCCAGGGUGAAAGCCUCACCUGCCUGAACCACGCUAUGCAGAACCACUUGUGGACUCUGCUGACAUUUGAGACAACCGCCCAAAACCAGACAAACUGGAAACAAGACGGGCUUUUCGGCUUCUGCUACAGUCUUCUAUUUAGGGCUGGAUAUCUUACACUCUUCGGUGGAGAACAGAAGAACAAUUGCAUGGAUGCAGCCAACGUCUAUAUGGAGUACCAAAAAUUCGACAGCCUCCUGAUCAAGAUGGCUCACACCACCUUAAAGUCAGGUGAGAAGCAGACAGCAGGCUCAGUCAAGCAGAGGUUGUGGGAGUUGUUGGCUCAGGCUGGUUUGAGAGAUAACUCUAGUCUGUGGCUGCAGAGCUACAGGCAGCACCUGAAGGAGGAAGGAGCUGAUGAAGAGACCCAAAGGAAAGCCAUGCUGCUGCAGCUCUGGGCCACACAGGGUAACGUGGGCCCUGCUACCUUCUGGCUCUUGGCCUUCCUGCUGACCCACUCAGAGGCCAUGAGAGCGAUGAGAAAGGAGUUUAACAGCGCCACAAUGCCUGGGACCAUCACACUCGACCCCCAACAGCAUACCCCGGUGUUUGACAGUGUCCUGGAAGAGACUCUGCGCCUCACUGCUGUCCCCUUCAUCACUCGUGAGGUGCUGCAAAACAAGACUCUGCACAUGGCAGAUGGACAAGAGUAUGAUGUCAGGAGGGGAGACCGCGUUUGUCUGUUUCCAUUCGUAAGCCCGCAGAUGGACCCUGAAAUUCACCAUGAGCCUGAGAAAUUCAAGUAUGACAGGUUCCUUAACGCAGAUGGAACGGCAAAACGAGACUUUUUCAAAGGUGGGCGGAGACUGAAGUAUUACACCAUGCCGUGGGGUGCAGGCACCAACGCUUGCGUGGGAAAGCCAUUUGCCAUCCAGUCCAUCAGACAGUUUGUGUUUCUGGUUUUGUCUCAUCUGGACAUUGAGCUGAGUGACCCUGAAGCUCAGGUGCCUGCAGUGGACGCCAGCCGCUACGGGUUUGGAAUGCUGCAGCCAAUCGAGGAGCUUCAAAUCCGAUAUAAACUCAGAGAGCGGCCCUGUGUCCAAUAAUCAUUUUCCUCCCACCACUUAAACACCACUUAACUACAUGUAUAUAUUUUAUAUUGUUUUCAAUAUUUUUAAAUAUUACUGUACAUCCAUGUAUAUUUCAUGUUAAAAUUUUGGGUACUGUGUGUAAAAUACCUAUGGUGUUUUUAUGGAAUUUAUAUGUUUAAGGAAUGUUUAUGUUUGAAGCCGUCUUCAAACAUGAAACGUUUAUAAAAACAUUUAUUUAAAAA